AUGGGGAAAAGCUGCAAAGUCAGCAGGCUGUGCCUUCUGUGUGUGGUCUUAGCCCUGAUCUCCAUAGCAACCAUUGUCAUCUUGUGGACUAUUGCCCUGACGGGAGAAGCAGAUGGUGAUGAUGUCACACAUCCUUGGGACAGAUAUCGUCUCCCCACUGCUUUGGUCCCUGACUACUACAACAUCACUCUGUGGCCUCGUCUGACCCGUGACCCAAACACCGGCCUCUACAUUUUCACAGGGAAAUCCAUGGUGCAGUUUGAGUGUGUGAAAGAAACAGAACUGAUCCUGAUCCACUCCAACAAACUCAACUACACCAAGCUGAACAACACACACAUUACCAGUCUCACUGGUUCAGGCGGUGGCUCUGCUCCCAGUAUCAAGUCCUCCUGGCUGCAGCCUAAGACCCAGUAUCUAGUCAUCGAGCUGAACAGUAAAUUAACUCAAGGACAGAAGUACCAGCUGUACACUGAGUUCACUGGAGAACUGGCUGAUGACUUAGCAGGCUUUUACAGGAGUGAAUAUGAAGAAGACGGAGUGAAAAAGAUGGUUGCCACCUCUCAGAUGCAUCCAACCCAUGCCAGAAAAGUCUUCCCCUGUUUCGAUGAGCCAGCAAUGAAAGCUGUUUUCCAUAUUACUCUCAUUCACCCUCCUGGAACUGUGGCUCUGUCCAAUGGCAUGGAAAGAGAUCCUGUUAACACUACUAUUGAUGGAGUAGCUGUGACACAGACCGAGUUUGAGCCCACUGAGAAAAUGUCCACCUAUCUGCUGGCCAUCAUCAUCUCCGACUACACACACCUCAAUGCUACACAGGGAGACACUCUGAUCCGAAUCUGGGCUCGCAGGAAGGCCAUUGAGCAGGGACAGGGAAACUAUGCCCUCAAUGUGACCGGGCCUGUGCUGGACUUCUUCCAGAUGUACUAUAACAUCUCCUACCCCCUGAACAAGUCAGAUCAAAUCGCCAUACCAGACUUCUAUUUUGGUGCGAUGGAGAACUGGGGUUUGGUGACGUACAGAGAAACCAACCUUCUCUAUGACCCUUUGACCUCUUCCAGCCAAAAUAAAGAGACCACUGCUACCAUCAUCGCUCAUGAACUAGCACACAUGUGGUUUGGUAACCUGGUGACUUUGCGCUGGUGGAAUGAGGUCUGGCUGAAUGAGGGCUUUGCUUCGUAUGUGUCUUACCUGGGAGCAGACCACGCCGAGCCUGAGUGGAACGUGAAAGACUUGAUAGUACUUCAAGACGUCCACAGAGUGUUUGCCGUUGAUGCUUUGACCUCCUCUCAUCCUCUGUCUUCUAAAGAAGACAGUAUCGUCCUCCCAGAACAGAUCAGUGAGCAGUUUGAUGUCAUUUCAUACAGCAAGGGUGCAGCAGUGCUGAGGAUGCUGUCUGAUUUUCUCUCAGAGCCAGUCUUUGUCCAGGGACUCAGUAGUUACCUCAGUCACUUUGCCUACAGUAACACAGUGGGGAAUGACCUGUGGCACCAUCUACAAAUGGCAGUGAAAGCCAAUAAUGUUUCACUUCCCAGUCCAGUUCAAGACAUCAUGAACCGCUGGGUGCUCCAGAUGGGCUUUCCUGUGGUUACCAUAGAUACCACCUCAGGAAAGGUAUCCCAGAAGUACUUUCUGCUGGAUCCAGAGUCUGAUGUCACAAUCAAAUCGCCUUACAACUACGAGUGGCUGAUCCCCGUUAGAUGGAUGAAGUUCAGUGAGGUUCACAGAGAUAUCUGGUGGCUGAUGGAAAAAGAAGCUGUAAACUUGGAGAUGAGAAGGGAUGGUUUGUGGGUUCUGGCCAACAUCAACGUAACUGGUUAUUACCGGGUAAACUAUGACCUUGGAAACUGGGAAAGCCUCAUUGCUCAGCUUCGUUCAAAUCACCAGGUUAUACCAGUGAUAAACAGAGCCCAGCUCGUGGAUGAUGCUUUCAAUCUGGCCAGGGCUCAGCUGGUCUCCACUAGUCUCGCUCUGAGGACAACCUCCUAUCUGCUGCUGGAGACAGACUACAUGCCCUGGCAGACUGCUCUGGAUAAUCUGCACUAUUACUACCUUAUGCUGGACCGUACUGAAGUCUACCAGCCUAUGCAGGACUACAUGAAGGAGCUGGUGAGUCCUCUCUUCCAGCACUUUAAGAACAUGACAUCGAACUGGACCCAUAUUCCCGAAAGUCUCACUGACCAGUACAACCAGGUGAACGCCAUCCGUACGGCCUGCAGGACUGGAGUAACAGAAUGCCAGUACUUGACCACCACCUGGUUCAAACAAUGGAUGGACAACCCUCAAGACAAUGUGAUCCAUCCUAACCUGCGUUCCACCGUGUACUGCAGUGCCAUGGCAGCAGGUGAUGAGGCAGAGUGGGAGUUUGGCUGGUCCCAGUUCCAGAAAUCUACUGUAGCCAGCGAGGCCAGCAAACUCAUGUCUGCGCUGGCCUGUACCAGCAAGAAACCACUGCUGGAAAGGUAUCUGUCUCACACCUUAAACCCCGCCAUGAUCCGUAAGCAGGACGCCACAACUGUCAUCACAUCUGUCGCCAGCAACAGAGCAGGACAGAGUCUGGCCUGGGACUUUGUCAGGAAACAGUGGAAAUACAUGUUCACACAAUAUGGUGUGGGCUCCUUCUCCUUUGCCUCUAUGAUCAGCGGGGUCACAGCAAGGUUCUCCACAGCUGCUGAACUGCAACAGCUGGAGGAGUUUGUGAAAGAGAACAGUGCCACCGGGUUUGGCUCUGCCUCUCUGGCUGUGGAGCAGGCCCUGGAGAGGACCAGAGCUAACAUCAGCUGGAGGCAGCGGAACCAACAGGAGAUCAUGGACUGGUUCAACAGCCAGACUGGACAUCAGAUACGCUAA